UAUAUGUACAAAUAUAGUGAAAAAGAGUUUAAGGUGUAAAUUAACUUAAGAAAGAACUCCCUCAUUCCAUUCAAGCUCUUGGAAAUCAACAACAAUGGAGUCUAUAACCAUUCAUUCCUCCUCAAUCAUCAUUCCUAACCUCCCAACUCCUAAUCUCACACUUCCAUUAUCGGUGGCUGAUCAAUUUAGAGCAUGGGUUCACAUCACAACUGUCUACGUCUACAAAUCUCCCAACGCCGCCGUCAUUGUUGACUCCUUAAAAAGCUCCCUUAGCAAAAUCCUUGUACCUUACUACCCUUUUGCUGGGCGCCUCCACGUGAUCGUUGGUGGUCGACUCGAGCUCCACUGUUGUGCUGCAGGUGCCCUAUUCAUUGAAGCUUCCUAUGGUGGAACACUUGAUGAUUUCGGUGACUUCACACCUACUGAUGUUGUACGAAAACUCGCUCCUGAGGUAGAUUAUAAUUCAUCGAUCGAAGAUGUACCGAUGUUUCUUGUUCAAGUGACAAGAUUCAGUUGUGGUGGACUUGUUAUUGGUCUCAACGUUUCACACACUCUCGUCGAUGGGGUCUCUGCCAUUAUGUUCAUCAACUCAUGGGCCAGCAUUGCACGAGGGGAUAAGACGGCGAAGAGUAUCUUGCAACCGUUGCAUGAUCGAAAUGUUCUUCAACCACAAAAACCAUUUUGCCCACCACAGUUCUACCAUUGUGAAUAUGAUAUAUUGCCAUUCGUCAUAGGUUGCUCCAACUCUAAGGAGGAGAGGAUGAAAGAAACCAAAUCUGCAUUGUUGAAACUUACCCGGGAGCAAGUUGAAAAGCUAAGAAUGAGAGCAAAUUCUUCAACUCCAACUAAUCAAAACAUCGAGAAAGUGGUAGAUGUCAAUGAAGUAUUAUUGCAACCAUGUCCACACAGUCGAUAUGAAUUGAUUACGGGGCACAUAUGGGUGUGUGCGAGCAAAGCCCGUAACAUCGACAAUGACAAGAGCAAACAAUCAACGGUGGUUCAAAUAGUUGUAAACAUAAGACAACGGCUUAGGACACCCAUCCCCAAAAACUUUUGUGGAAAUGCAGCCUUGAUUAGCAUAACUCCGCAGUGUGAGUUUGGGGAGUUAAUGUCUCAACCAUUAAGCUAUGCUGCCAAAAAGAUAAGAGAAGCAUCAUGGAAGAUGACUGAUGAAUACGUGAAGUCAGCGAUAGACUUUCUAGCAACACAAGAGGACAUAUGUUGGACGAGAACAUCAUCGUCAUCAUCUUCCUCCAUUGUUCGAGUUAAAGGCACAUCCUUGAGCAACCCGAAUCUAUCUAUAGUGUCUUGGUUGUCGAUGCCCAUAUAUGAUGCAGACUUUGGGUGGGGAUACCCAGAUUAUGUUGGACCAUCAAUGUUAGCUUAUGAUGGGAAGAUGUUCAUCAUGCCAGGGCCAAACAAUGAUGGUUUGAUCAUCGUUGCAAUACAGUUGCAGAUGAAGCAUAUGGAGUAUUUCAAAAAGUUCUUCUAUGAAGAUCUUUGAAAAAGGUUUAGAUCGACGAUUUGUAUAAGGUUAAUUUACCCAAAAAAAACCAAAGUAAGCUCUUAACUUUGCCUUUAUUACUCUAUAUCACCUUUUAUAAGCAUUUCAAAACUACUCCUGAAAUAAAAAUUUGUUAAAACUAUAAAAUGUGAGAUUUGAUUGACUUUAGAAACAAAACUAAUUAGAACA